AUGAAUUCAUAAGAUAAAACAAAUAAUUUACAAUAUUCUGAAAAUAAAUAAAACAUAAAAUAUUAACAAUAAAUAAAGGCUAAUGAUAAAGCUCCUUUCAGUUUAGAAAUGGAAAAACAAAAGGUUUUAAAAGAAAGAGAUUAAUUGAUAAAUGAAUUUGUUUAAAAUUACGUUUAUGAUGUAAAUGGAAAUCAUUUAUAAAACAUAAAAGUCAAAAAUUAUGUAGAUGGAUCUAAAUAUGAAGGAGAAGUUUUUAAUGACAAAAGAAACGGAAAAGGAAUAUAUCAUUAUGCAAAUAAAGAUAAAUAUAUAGGAGAUUGGAAAGAUGAUAGAUUUCAUGGGUUAGGUGUUUAUAUAUUUAUGAAUGGCGAAAGAUAUGAAGGAGAAUUAAGAGAUGGUUUAAAACAUGGAAAAGGAACUUAUAAAUAUUGCAAUGGAAACUAAUAUAAGGGUGAAUGGAAAAAUGAUCGUAAAAAUGGCCAUGGUAUAUAUGAUUAUUUUAGUACAUAGGAAAAAUAUGAUGGAUAAUGGUUAGAUGGUGAAAAGCACGGUUAUGGAAUUUAUACAUAUGCAUAUGGAGAUAUCUAUGAAGGAAAUUGGAAAAACGGAGAAAAAAGUGGAAAAGGAACUUUAUAAUAUGCAUCAGGAGCUAUAUAUGAGGGAUAAUGGUUGAAUGAUAAAGCACAUGGAUAAGGGAUUUUUACAUUUUAAAAUAGAGAUGUUUAUGAAGGUGAUUGGUUUAAAGGAUAAAAAGAAGGAAUUGGUAAAAUAAAUUAUACAGAUGGAUCUUCUUAUGAAGGUUAAUGGAAAGAUGAUUAAGUUUCUGGUGAAGGUAUUUAUUAUUUUCCAAAUGGAGAUAGGUAUGAAGGGGAGUUUUAGAAUAGUGAAAGAAAUGGAAGAGGAAUUUAUUAUUAUACAAGUGGUGAUAGAUUUGAAGGCGAGUGGAGAAAUAAUCUUAAAAAUGGUUAGGGAAUCAUGAUUUUUAGUAAUGGGGACACAUAUGAUGGAGAAUGGCGUGAAGGGCAAAAAAGUGGAAGAGGAGUUUAUAAAUUUAAUAAUGGAGAUAUUUAUGAAGGAUAUUUAGAGAAUGAAAAAAGAUAAGGAAGGGGAAUGUAUAAAUGGUCAAAUAAUACGAAAUAUAAUGGUGAAUGGAAAGAUGAUUUUAUGCAUGGAUAAAGUAAUUUUACUUUAGAAGAUGGAGCAACAGUUUAGGUUUAAUUUUAGUAUGAUAAAUUAGUUAUUUUAUGA